CCCAAGCUCAUCUCCCAAACUUCUCAUCACUUGUCUUCUUUGUUUGUUGUCUGCUGCGGCAAAAACCACAAACAUUUACAUGGCUCGAAAAGCUCCAAGCCCAUUUCCGUCCAUUAACAUCUUCAUCAUCCUCUUCUUCUUCUUCUUCUCCUUCACCCUCAGUCCUUUUUCACCUCAAGUGGUGUCUGCUUCAGUUUUCAAGAGACUUCGACUCUUGUCAACAGAAGAAACUCAGCCCACCUCCACCUCCUCCGUUUUGUCCCUCUCCCUGCAUCCGCAUUCAUCCGUCAUAAAGCCGCCAUACGACAGCUACUCCGACCUCGUACUCUCCCGGCUCGCAAGUGACCGGGCCCGAGCCGAGGUCAUCAACUCCAACAUUGAGCGGGCUCUCUCCGCCUUCAACCGCCCUCAUGGCGUCAAACCCGACGUCCAAGUCCAACCGGAGGACCUCGAAGCUCCGCUAACUCCAUCUGGCGGAGGGUACGUAGCUCGCGUCGGAGUGGGCCAACCCGUGAAAGAAUACUACCUGAUAGCGGAUACGGGUAGCCAAAUCAACUGGCUCCAAUGCCUGCCCUGCGGCCAGUGCUACCCCCAAACCGACCCGAUCUUCGACCCAUCCGGAUCCUCAUCUUAUAGCCCUUUGUCCUGCACAUCGCAGCAGUGCACCGCCUUGAGCCGCCAGAAUUACAAGUGCGGCCGAAACAACACUUGCAUCUACGGAGUGUUGUACGGGGAUAAUUCCGUCAGUAUUGGAGAAUUUGCCACUGAAACGGUGUCGUUCGGGAAUUCGGGUUCGGUUCAGAAAGUGGCUAUCGGGUGCGGACACGAGAAUCAAGGCCGAUUUGGCAAGGCAGCUGGCAUACUUGGCCUUGGGGGCACUGCUGUAGGCUUUCCUUCUCAAAUUCAGGCGAAGUCUUUCUCCUACUGCCUCGUGGAUUUGGACUCCAGCUCGUCCUCGACUCUCGAGUUUAACUCAGCUCCACCCGGUGACUCAAUCCUCGUUCCCUUGAUUAUGAACCCAAAAUUUGAGAUUUAUUACUACGUGGAACUCACUGGGAUCACUAUUAAUGGAGAACAAGUGCCCAUUCCUGCAUCGGAUUAUCAAAUAGGCGAAGAUGGGCGUGGGGGAAUCAUCGUCGACUCGGGUACCACCAUCACGGCGUUGCCAGCUCAGGUAUAUAACUCGGUCCGCGACACCUUUGUUAAGUACGCUAAAAACUUGCCUCCCGCCGCUGGAAUCGGUGAUCUCGACACUUGUUAUGAUCUAUCCUCUACGCCCACCAGAGAUGGCUUCCCAAUGAUGUCGUUUCAGUUCUCCGGGGGCAAGACGCUGCCGCUGAAACCUCAAAAUUACCUGUUUCGUGCUGGUUCCGACGGCACGUUCUGUUUGGCUUUUAAGACCACUUCUCAAAGUGUCUCGAUAAUCGGCAACACGCAGCAGCAGGGGUUUCGGGUUACUUACGACCUUGCCAACAAGAUGUUUGGUUUCAGCCCAAAUAAAUGUUAAAAAGCAUAUAGGUGUUGAUUUGAUUUCAACCCAAAUAAAAUGCUGUUUAUGAAAACAUGCUUCUAAUAUUGCUUAAACAAUAACAUGGGUACUUGGUAAUCUCUUUAUUA